CAACUACCUACAGAGAGUCACCGAAGAGUUGCGUCACCAUCUCUGCAAGUGGGUACCUUCCCCGCUCCACGUGUAGCUGUGAUGCCUGUGGGUUUGCUGCAUUUUGGAGCUAGGGAGAACGCAGCCUACUUCCGGCUUUCACGUUGAACCGAGAAGAGGGUGCGACCAUGGGUCAGGUGAUUAGAGAUAAUCGUCACGUGUGUUUGACAAGUGUCCACAUCUCGGGCUUCCACAUCGCAUCGCAUCACCAAGUCCUACACAUUCCCUCUAGGCACAGCUCCCGGUUCACGUCCAGACCCCCGCCGUUCCAACAUCCGACAAGACUCGCCCGUCAUGGAGUCUCCCGACGUCUUCACGCUCCUCCCGCUCGAAAUGGACCCUUCCACAAAAGCCGUCGCGGCAACAAGUGACUUAGGCAACGCACUGGUCGCCGAGCUCGACGCCCUAAACACUCUGCACCGCGGCCUCCUGAGCGUCGAAACACCGACGGGCACGCCUCCGCCACCAGUCCCCGUCAACCCCAAGCGCUCCGCCCAGAUUGGCAAGCUGCGCGAGUCCGGUAACGCCGAGUUCCGCAAAGGCAGCCCCGCCCAGGCCGUCAAGCUCUACACCCUCGCUAUCGACAUGGCCCUAGGUCGCCCACACUGGGAACCUUCGGGCCUUGUGAGGGAGGAGCUGUCGAGUCUGCUGAGCAACCGCGCGCAGGCGAGCAUGGCACAGCAGCUCUGGGCCGAGGGCGCCGUCGAUGCCGAGGCGAGCGUCGAGAUGAAGAAGGUGGGUAAUGCCAAGGGCUGGUGGAGGAGGGGAAAGUGUCUGCUUGAGAUGGGGAGGCUAGACGAAGCGGACCAUUGGGUCAAACAGGGCCUGGAGUUUGAGGCUACAGAACAAGACUUGGUACAGUUGAAAGACGAGAUUGAAAGGAGGAAGAACGCAGCAUGAGCUUUGUACACGCAAGUUUGAGGAUAAAGGCUAGUUUAUGGGGUAUUCAUUGAGCGUGUGCAUUGCAAGGCGUCUGGCGUAUGUAGCAUCCUUGGCCAUGGACUACAUUUUUGGUAGAGGGUAUCUUCACCCAGACACAUUCCAUAGGUUGGUGGACCUAGGGCAGCUCUAUUUUCCAAAUCUGAUCCAUAGCACGCUGCCGACUAGCCUGUCUUGGAGCCUUCUUCUCGGUCAAUCGAAGUACUAGGAACCAAGGUGCAACGAAAUCAUACAACAGCUUGACAACUACUACUAAGUCUAGCGUGGGAAUCUUGCGCCAACAUUCCUUGCAAUAUGGGUUGUGCGUGCACU